AUGAUUGGAGACCAUGCGGCGACUGUCGCGCUCUCAACAGAGCCACUGUUCCCGACCGAUACCCUAUUCCCCAUAUGCACGAUUUUUCUCACACGCCAGCCGGAAAAAAAUAUUUUUGCCAAAAUCGACCUCGUGACGGCAUAUCACCAAAUUCCGGUCGAGGAAGAAGACAUUCCCAAGACCACCGUCACAACGCCUUUCAGUUUGUUCGAAUUCCUUCGCAUGCCGUUUGGUUUGCGUAACGCGGCCCAAUCCUUCCAACGCUUCAUCGAUGACAUCUUGCGGGGUCUCUCAUUCACUUAUGUCUACAUUGACGACAUACUCGUCGCAAGUUCUUCGACAGAGGAACAUGCCUCGCACUUGCGCCAGACAUUCGACCGUUUCCAGCAACAAGGUCUGCAAUUAAACGUCGACAAAUGUAUCUUUGACGUCUCUUCUCUAGAUUUCCUUGGUCACCACGUCGACCAGCACAGAAUCACACCGCUGCUAGAGAAGGUGCAGAGCAUCCUGUCAUUCCAUGUCCACAAGACCCUAACUCAGCUGCUGCGUUUAUAG